UUUAAAAUUAAAGUUUCUUGGAUGCAGAAUAUAUAUAUAUAUAUAUAUAUAUAUAUGCAUGUCUCUUUCUUGUUACAUCGUGCUCAUCACAUGCUGCUUAUCCUUGUUUUCUUUCUUUGGGAGUUAAGUGAAGGUACCUAAUCUGCAAUUAUAUCAGGCACCUAAUUUAUUGACUUAGGAACACAACUUGAACUUCCUAUUCGCCAUAUAAAGUGAACAUAUCACAAGAGAUUGAGUUCAUCAUUCACAUCUCCAACAGUACAUAGUACGACCAUGAUGCUUGUUUGUGCACAAGUAGUGGCAGCUUUGGUGGGACUUAUCUUGUUCCUUUUUUAUUAUCAUCAGAGACGAUGUUGCAGAGACCCUCUGUUAACAAAUUGGCCCGUGUUGGGGAUGUUACCGCCACUUCUCACUAAUCUAUGGCAGAUUCAUGAUUAUAUAACUCAGGCUCUCCAAAGACAAGCUGGCACUGGGAGCUUCAUGGGACCUUGGUUUACUGGAAUGAACUACCUGAUCACCUGUGACCCCAUGGAUGUCCACCACAUGAUGAGCAAGAACUUCGUCAACUACGUAAAGGGGCCUGAGUUUCGUGAAAUCUUUGAAGCUUUCGGAGAUGGGAUUUUCACUGUUGAUUCAGACACGUGGAAAUACCAUAGGGCUCUUCUCCAUUCAUUGUUUAAGAACAAGAGCUUUGAAAAGUUUCUAGAGAAGAUCGUUCGAAACAAGGUGGAGAGUUGUCUCCUUCCUCUUCUGGAUCAUGUAGAAAGGGAAGGGAUUGAAGUUGAUUUCCAAGACGUGUUUAAUCGCUUCAACUUCGACACUAUUUGCUCCACGGUCUUAGGAUCCGAUCCUAAAUGCCUCGCCCUUGACUUCCCAGAAAUUGCAUCUGAGAGAGCUUUUAAUGAAGCAGAGGAGUUUAUAUUCUACAGACACACGGUGCCUCAAAGCUUCUGGAAGCUUCAGAGAUGGCUAGAAAUUGGACCAGAGAAGAAGAUGGCCAAAGCUUGUGAAGUUUUUGACUGGUUCCUCCAUGAAAGUAUAAAAUCGAAAAGGGAGGAGCUUAGCAAAAACAACGGAAAGGAGAAAGAAAACGAUGACUUGCUAACAUGUUUGAUGAGGGAGGAAGAAGGAAAAGAUCACGUGGACGACAAGUUUCUGAGAGACACAGCUUUCAAUCUUUUUGUUGCAGGCAGAGACACCUUAACUUCAGCUCUCGCAUGGUUCUUUUGGCUUGUUUCUCGACACCCUUCAGUAGAAGCGAAGAUUCUGGAAGAGAUCAAAGAAGAAAAGGAAGCAAAAUGUCAAGUAUAUCUCCAUGGUGCUCUCUGUGAAGCUCUGAGACUGUAUCCUCCCAUACCUUUUGAGCGCAAGCAAGCAAUCAAAGCCGACAUACUUCCAAGCGGACAUGAGGUUGAUCCUCGUACUGCGAUACUGUUAUCUUUAUAUGCCAUGGGAAGAUCCGAAGAGAUAUGGGGAAAAGAUUGCUUGGAAUUCAAGCCAGAAAGAUGGAUCUCAGAGAGAGGAGGUAUCGUUCAUGUGCCGUCAUACAAGUUCAUUAGUUUCAACGCAGGACCAAGAACUUGCUUGGGUAAGGACCUCUCCUUCAUUCAAAUGAAGAUUAUGACUACUGCUAUCUUAAAGAAUUAUCAUAUUCAAGUAGUGGAAGAGCAUCCUAUUUCUCCCACACUUUCAAUAGUGCUUCUAAUGAAGUAUGGUCUCAAAGUUCGGGUCACAAAAAGAGAGUGAUUCUUGAUUCGUUGGAAGAAUAAAUUAAAUUAUCUCUGAUGUAUGUGUGAAGUUGUGGAAACUAUUAUAUAUGCAUGUAUUGCAUAAGUUUGAGGUGGUGGGGAAGUAUUAUGCAUAUAUUAUAUUACAUGGAUGAAUAAAAGUAUCAUAACUUGGUGUAAA